CCACACAUUUUAUGUAACCAAGCAUUUACAAGUGCAUCGCUAGAGGAUUUUCCUUUUUAAAGGAACGGAUUAUAAUUUUGGGGGGAUAAUUUAGCAUUUCUACUUCUAACUCAGCAUUGAGAAUUUGGCAUCCCUCACCCCUGCUUUUCUACCUUUGGUCCCUCCCCUACCUAAUCAGCCCACUUUGGUGGGCUUUGGAGUUUAGUGACGAAUGUAUAAACACCAGAAUUCUCGCUAUCCUUUUCUUUGCUAUCCUUCCGCGCUAAACCACAGCUUUUUUUUCCUGACGUCACAGCAUGAAAAUCUUAUGCACAGUAUACGUGACAACGGCAAGGCAUAGUGAGCUUGAUGAGAGGCACUCCCAAGCGGGAAGCUAAUACAGACAUUUGGUAACAGUCUCCUUCCUGAUGUUUUGCGCUGUUUUUCCUACUUGGCACCAGAACCGCAGUGCCGCAGGGUGGGAGAAACGGGGCCAUUUUUCAAGAGCAUAAGUAUCACUCCACUUCCCUAAGCCGGAUCUCCUUUCAGCAACCCUAGCCCCGCCCUCUGCGGGCUUCCGUAACGUGAAGCAGCCACGCCUAGUGCGUCCCGGCGGAUGUAGGCUGAAGGUGUUUCGUCUCUUCGAGGGGGUUUCUGACGAGCCUGCGGCCAUGGAGAGACCCUGCCGAAAGGUGAUAGUAGUUUGCUAGUCAUUGCCCUUCAUCAGUAAAGUAAGCAUCUUUGUCCCAAGUGCUCGGCCAGCCCCUAAAUACAGUGGCCGCCAUUGUCUCUGCUCCCCGCACCUGACUGCCGCUUGCGUUUGCCUGCCUCUGUUUUUUGUGGCGAGACACCUCUGGAGACACGCAAAACAGCCUCCGAGGCAGAACAGUCCCCCUCCCUCGUCAGUCCAAAGAGCAAUCAGGGUUCUCUGCCCUGUGGGAAGUCCAAGGACCACCCUCCUCCAUCCAGGUCUCAUAAGGGUCCACCGGAUCGACUGCAGGGCCCGUUGCCAGUGGAAGCAAAGCAGAGAGAAAAUUACUUCACCAGUGCAGGUCCAACUUCAGUGCCAGAUCUGGUGGCCUUGGAGUGGCUGAAGACCACCACCCUCCACAGGCCUGCGCCCAAGCACAGCUAUCCUUUAUCUUGAGUGAGCUUCCUCAGCAUUCUGUCUAUAUCAUUGGCAGAAACUCUAGUUGGAAAGGGGGCUGACUGACUACUGGACUCUAUGUGAAAACACCAACUUGGGGCUGACUUUCAGGCAAAGCUGAGAUAAGGGCAUAUAAGGGCAUAUAAGGCUUUUAUCUUGAAACAUGAUUGGCUCUACAGCUAAAUCGAAAGGUAGAGAAGAGUCUGGAGCUUCCGUGAAACCUAGAAGCAAAAAAGGAAAAGCCAAGAGUCAGACCAAGAAAGUGGUUGAGACAGAACCAAAAGAAGAAUUGGGGAACCAGGCUGAGGCUAGGAGUAAAGCAAUGGCCAGGACACAAACAGUGACUCACACUGAGCCUGAGACUGUGACAUGGAAAGUGAAAAAAAAGAAAGAUAAGACUAGUAUUAUAGUCAAGGCUCAGACUAAGACAGAGCUCCUGAAAGAGCCUGGGUUAGUGCCUCACUCCAAGUCAGAUGCCUCGCCUAUGUCUGUGGUCAUUACGGUAACCAAGUCUGAAGUCAAGGUUGAUGCUGCUAUUGAGGCGUCUGGCAAGUGCUCAGCCAAGGCUAGUGAUAAGGGCAGUAUGAAGCACAAACCUGAGAUAAAGAAUGAGAUCUGUGUCAAAUCUGGGGCUGGUAGCAAAACUAGUAUUGUCAUCAACACCACUGAUGAUGAUGAAGAAUAUGUGUGCUCCUGGUUUUGGACUGGAGAAGAGCCUAGUGUAGGGUCCUGGUUCUGGCCUAAAGAUGAAUACCCUCUUCAAGUUUAUCAGCCCCCACCUAAAUUUGAGGAAGAACCUGAACCUGCAGAUACAUUCGACUUUACUUUAAAAAAAAAAGCAGCAGCAUGGGCAAGGGGCAGGUUUAUUGUCCUAGUUCCAGUUGAGGAAGGUGAACGACCUUUACUUCCAGAAGGGAACUGGACUCUGGUUGAUACCUUAAUUGAAACUCCUCUGGGUGUUCGACCAUUGACCAAGAUUCCACCUUUUGAAGGACCUUACUUCCAGACCUUAGCUGAAAUAAAAGAACAAAUUCGGGAAAGAGAAAAGUAUGGACCCAACCCAAAGACCUGUCGCUGUAAAUCGCGUACAUUUAGUUUAGAGCCUGUAGAGUUUGAUAAGCUUGUUGACCUACUUAGGUUAACUAGGGAUCCUUUUAUUCAUGAGAUAGCUACAAUGAUAACGGGCAUCAGUCCUGCUUACCCAUUACUGCAUACUCAAGAUAUCGUUCAUGAUGUUGGUAUUACUGUUAUGAUUGAAAAUUUUGUCAAUAAUCCAAAUGCUAAAAAGUACCCUCGAAAUUUAAAUGUGAGUGCCAGCUCCGAUGCUUCUGAUGAAGCAAAAGAGAAUGAAGCACAUGUAAAUAAAGUUUGUAGGGACAUACUCUGUUGUCCUUUGAACUGCUCUGUACAAGUUGAGGAACUAAAACUGUUAGCAAGCCUGAGUAUAAAAUUUGAUUACCACCACGUGAUUGUCAAUUACGUUCGCUAUUUUAUCACAUUGUUAAGCAAAGGAAGUGUCAAAAUCAUAUUUCAGAUUUUAAGGGUUAUUUUAUAUUUGUCAAAGAAUCAAGCCAAUACAAGAGAACUGAUCAGUGCUGAAGUAUUGUCGUCACUGGUUGCUCUCUUUCAUAAGAAAGAGUCAAAGGCUAAUAUUCUACAUAUCAUUGAUAUAUUUGAGAAUAUAAAUUUCCAGUUCAAAAAAAGGGCAAAGCUGUUUACCAAGGAAAUGUUCACUAAAUCUGAACUUAUUUCCAUAUUCCAUGAGGCAAAAGAGUUUGACCAGAAACUCAAUGACUUAGCAGAGCACAGUGACCCUGAUGUGAGAGAUAAAGUUAUCCGAUUAAUACUCAAACUCUGAAUAGCUGUAUAUUCUCACAAAACCUUGAGCAUUUUUGUCUUUCCAAUAUAAAUCUAAUGCAUAUUAUAAGUAUAAUUUGAUAUUUAUACUCUCUGUGUUGAGGGAGGCAAUUUUAUGGAUGCUAGUCAUCUUGAGAGAGUAAACACUUGUUGGUUUUUAUUGUGCUUAUCUAUAAUAUAAAUUGGUAUUUUUGGUAUCUGUAAUGUAACCCAGGAUUGAACCUUUUCACCCUAAAUAAGCUAUAUUUCUGUGCGUUACACUGAUAUGAGUGUAUUUUCGUAUUCUAUUUGCGUGUUUUUAAUAAAGUUGCAUGCUAAACAUGAUGAAAA